UGCGAUGCGCUAAUUCAGUUGCGUGUAUCCCUUUGUCUCCGCUGGGUGUCCAUUUGGACGUGCGGGUGUUACUUCCCAAUGCCUACCGCAACACGGCUUGGGAAAGUUACUUUUUGUGGGACUCCCCGCUGCCUUCAUCGGGAGGGGCUAAACGCUGCGAAGCAGGAAAGACGGCUCCAAAGGGGCGAGCGGAGGGUCCCGAGCGGAGGGGCCCCUUCCCAGCGAGCCCACCAGGCACUGGAAAAACAUCCCAAUUCACCAAUGACUGCAAAGCAAAUACUGGAAGUAAUUCAGAAAGAAGGGCUGAAAGAAACAAGUGGCACUUCUCCACUAGCUUGUCUGAAUGCAAUGCUUCAUACUAACACUCGGGUUGGUGAUGGCACAUUCUUCAAAAUCCCUGGCAAGGCAGGACUCUAUGCACUCAAAAAGGAAGACUCUACAUGCCCAGCAGAUGGAACGUUGGAUUUAAGUUGUGAAUCAGAAUUGGAUGGCACUGAAAUGACUGAGCCAAGCAAUAGCAAUGGAGAAGAAAAUGGAGUUUGCCCUAAGCAAGCACCCGAAGAAGUGUCUUCCAUCCAGGACUCAAGCCUUACAAACACACCAAUGCAAAGCAAGCUAGUGUCUUCCUUCCAACAGCACACCAAAAAGGCACUUAAACAGGCUUUGAGACAGCAGCAGAAAAGAAGAAAUGGAGUCUCAAUGAUGGUAAACAAGACUGUUCCUCGUGUUGUUUUGACACCAUUAAAGGUGUCUGAUGAGCAGUCAGAUUCACCUUCAGGGUCUGAAUCUAAAAAUGGUGAAGCAGACAGUUCUGAUAAAGAAAUGAAACAUGGGCAAAAGUCUCCAACUGGAAAACAAAUGAGCCAGCACUUAAAGAGAUUAAAAAAAUCUGGCUUAGGGCAUUUGAAAUGGACCAAAGCAGAGGAUAUUGACAUAGAAACCCCAGGAUCUAUUCUCGUGAACACUAAUCUGAGGGCUUUAAUAAACAAACACACAUUUCUUUCCUUACCUCAGCAUUUCCAGCAAUACCUCCUGCUUUUGCUUCCAGAAGUAGAUAGACAGAUGGGAAGUGAUGGAGUUUUGCGCCUCAGUAGUUCUGCUCUAAAUAAUGAAUUCUUUGCAUAUGCAGCACAAGGGUGGAAACAACGAUUGGCAGAAGGAGAAUUUACUCCUGAAAUGCAGUUACGCAUCAGACAGGAAAUUGAAAAGGAAAAGAAAACUGAACCCUGGAAAGAGAGGUUCUUCGAAAGAUUUUAUGGAGAAAAGCUUGGAAUGUCAAUAGAUGAGUCUAUGAAGCUUACAUCUGUCCAAAACAAUAAUUCAGAUGAAGAGAGUUCACCACGUGAGUCCUCAGAAUUGCCAGGACCUUCAGGAGAAUCCACUUUUGAUGAUCAUGAAGAGAAAACCAACCAGCUACCACUUUUGGCAGAAAGAGAUUUCUGUCAAUCACUUUGCAAUAUGGAACAUAUUUCAUCCAAGGAUCUAAUAGCUGAAGACAUUUUAAUACCGGAAGAAUCUGUUAUUCAAGAAGAGAUUGCUGAGGAGGUAGAAACAAGUAUCUGUGAAUGUCAAGAGGAGAUCCAUAAAACAGAAGAAGUGAGCUCUGAACAGCUAGUUAGCCCCAAUGAUACAAAUGAAGAAACAGAAAUUAUACCACUCACAGGGAACUCUGAAUCCUGUUUUGUGAUAAACAAUGUAGUGAGCACAUUGUCUCAUGUUGAAAUUAAAGUAGAAGAGAGAGUGGACUAUUCCCAGGAAGAAAUGGCAGUCAUGACUGAUCAGCUGGAAAAUAGCUUAUCCCCUUCACAGUCUGCUUCAUCUACAAACUCUAUAAGUAACAUGGAAGAAAAAGAUGUGGACGCCUCAAAAGAGCUAAGUCUUCAUGGAAAAUAUUCUCCUGUCCUGAAUGGCUCCUUAUUCACUGGUGGGAGUGUUGCUGUACACAUGGAGCUGCAAAGUGACCCUGAUGAACAGUCAUCAGAAAAUGCUUGCAUUUCUGAAACAUCCUUUUCCUCUGAAAGCCCAGAGGAGCCAUCUAUCAGUAUCGCAUCUCCUGGAGGUGACACACAGUCUACUUCAGAGGAACCUUGCACUCCAGUAUCUCUGGAAACAGCUUGUUCAUCUGACAUAUCUUGCACUGAAAAUCCUGAAGUUGAUAGUCAACAAAAACCUAUUGAUCAUAUUAACACAUCUUUAAUGUCUGAAGUAUCUCCAAUGCCUGCCUCACCUGUAACCUCAGAAGCGUCUCUUAUGUCAAAUUUGCCUCUAACUUCAGAGGCAUCACCUGUUUCUAAUUUACCUUUACCAUCAGAAACCUCACCGAUGUCUGACUUGCCCCUGACAUCUGAAACCUCUUCAGUCUCUUCUGUUCUUUUAGCUUCUGAAACAUCUCAUUCUAAUAGCUUGUUGUUACCUUCAGAAGCAUCUCCGCUUUCUGAUUCCCCAUUGACUGAAAGGUUUAUUCAGCAAAGAAAAUCACCAUGUUCAUCUGAAGAAUCCAUGUCAUCAGUAAAAGAAGAAACUUUUUCAAUUUGUAAUGCUUCGCAAGAAGAAAAUCUUGAGUCACAACAGAAACAGCCCCACAGUGCAUCAGAAACAAUGAAAACUGACAUACCUGAAGGUUCAGCAGUAGAAGAAUCCCAGUCUAGAAACUUCACAAAUCAAGCAUGUAAGUUGCACACUGAAACGGAAAAAACUAUUAUUUCUUCUAUUGCAGAACAAUCUCCCCCAGAAGUAAUAAAAAUUAGAAACCAUGGUGUCCAGCACAGAACUGAAAAGAAAGGUGCAAUCCCUCAGCUGGAAGUAUCUGUUCUGACUGAAGCUGGAGGAUGCAAAAAUGCUGAAUCUCUUCCAUCUAAAUCUCAUGAUAAGCUAUAUACCUCAUCAUCAUCAGAAAAGUUCUCAGAAGUGGGCAGAAGCAAAUCUCACAAGCUUCAAGGAAGUACACAGAGUCGAUUUGAAGGUUCCCAUUCUUCAAAAUCAUCUGAAGCUACAAAAUCACCAGAAACAAGAGGUGAAAACAGGGACCUGGAGAUUCCAAAGAGGAAGACUGCUGAACACUAUGGAUUUGGCAUCUGCAAAGAGAAGCGAGCAAGAAUUGAAGAUGACCAGUCUCAUCGAAAUACCUCAACAAGUUCAUCUGAAAGAGAGCCUCCACCUAGAGAGGAGCCAAGGGUUCCACCUCUUAAGAUACAACUUUCAAAAAUUGGUCCACCUUUUAUCAUCAAGAGCCAGCCUGUUUCCAAACCAGAACCUAGAUCUUCUCCGAGUACCUCAAUCAGCAGUGGGAGAAACACUGGGGCAAGAACAUUGGCAGAUAUCAAAGCAAGAGCCCAGCAAGCCCGAGCUCAGAGGGAGGCAGCCGCUGCAGCUGCAGUUGCUGCGGCUGCAAGCAUUGUCUCUGGGGGCUUAGGGAGCCCCUGUGAAGGUGGAAAGACCAGGACAUUGGCACAUAUCAAGGAGCAGACAAAGGCCAAGUUGUUUGCAAAGCACCAAGCACGAGCACACUUGCUCCAGAAUAAUAAAGAAACCAAGACUCAACAUGCCCCCAAGGAAGUUCCAUCAGCGCCAGAGAUCUCUGCUUCUUCUGAAACAAAAAUUGAAGUUUCAACUGGUGUAAUUAUAGUCAAUCCUAACUGCAGGUCUCCUAGCAACAAGUCUGCUCACCUUCGGGAAGCCCCUGCUUUAUUGCAGCAGCCACUUCAUGCCACUACUUUACCAGAAACUAGUACUGACAUCUCUGUUCACAAUUCUGAUGAAAAUAUACCUGUGUCUCAGUUGUGUGAGAAAAUGCUUUCAUCUACCUCUACAGAAAGUAACAGUGUGUCAGUGCUAUAUAAUAAAAAUUCAGUCCCUGUGUCUGUGUGUAGCACUGCUAUGUCAGGAGCAAUUAAGGAACUUCCUUUUGUCAGUUCUGUUGAUAAGUCCUCUGUCUUAAUGUCUGUCGAAAGUACAGACACAAAGGCUUGCAGUAUAACCAUGCUGAAAUCCAUUCAGGGAGCUGACACUCCAUGCAUAGCUCUCUUGCCAAAAUGUGUUGAAAACGACACUGCUCCAGCCACAGUAGAUAGUACAAUCUUGACAAAUUCCUUAGAUGAGAAAAGAUUGCCAGUGCCAAACAGCAAUGCAAACAAUGCCAUCUCCAGCCAGUAUACCACCGUGCCAACUUCAACUAUUGCGAGUAAUUUGCCAAAUCAUUUGGUUGGUAACUCUGUUUUGAUUCCUCCAGUGGGAUCUGCAAACAGAUAUUCUUCUGAUAAGAUAGCCAUAACUGGGUCCAGUGACACAAGUUCUGUAUCAAAUACCACCACUGUUAGGGCAGCUUCACAUUGCAGUGAAGCACAUCAUGCAGCCAAUCCUGUUGGCAGGACUUCCAUUUCAGUAUUUGUGGGUAAUAUGAUGACAAUAGGUUCUUAUGAGAAUCCCACCAAAAUGAGUUCGGAUGCUAUGGAGAGAAAUUCUCAAAUACGAACUCAUUUAGAUAUGUCUGGGAAAUCCUCCAUAGAUUAUUCACGAGCACCUAUGAAUAGAUCUAUACCUUGUAAAGUCAUUGUUGACCACACAACAACAACAAUAAAUUCAAACUUGUCACUGGGUAUUUCAACCGAAAACUCUGAAAACAGCACAGAUAUGCAGACCCGGCAGAUCAGGACAGAAACCGCCUUACAAAAUGUAGCCUGUCCUCAAGUGUCUGUAAUAAGUAGGCCAGAGCUGCUUACUCAUGAAAAUCCAGAGCAUGGUUCUGGCUUCACUACUGGUAAAACAAAGCAAGAUGGCAAACAUCUGCAAGCAGCAUGCACCAGUCUUCGAGAAGUGCCUCUUCUGCCUCAAAACAAACGACUUGAGGAUGUUUCUUCUGGCCAAAGUUUUUCAGAACAAUUGCGAGGACCUUUGGCUUUCAAAAGUGAAGUAGUGAGUGUCUGUACCAACCCUUAUACUCCUGGUGGCAGAAUCCGCUGGAAUAAGGAUGAAGCAAUGAACACUGACCAAUCUUUGUUAGGUCAUCUUAACCCAAGUAAGCAUAAGGAAUACACUGAGCAAAACUGUUUAAAAAAUGUCAAAACAGAGCCUUCAGCUUUCAUACACUUGAAUGAGAUGCAUUCCAGGAACAUUGUGACAAGCAUUGCCAUGCCUGUUAAGUCAGAAGUUAAUGAGUCUGACAAAUGCUUUAGGAUGGACACUGAAGAUUUCCCAAGACCUGAAAUGCCCCUCCAGUCUUCAGAAAUAGCCACAAGUGCACAUGCAGCACAAAGCUCCAAGAAAUCUGUUACAGGUGCCAUGGAGAACUCUUUGUCGUUAACAACUGAAACAUUCAAAAGAGUUACAAAUAUUGGAAACUCAAGCUGUCGUUUGUCAUCAGUGGAAGCCAACAAUCCUUUAGUGACACAGCUCCUGCAAGGCAAUUUGCCAUUGGAAAAAGUGUUGCCACAGCCAAGGUUAGGAGCCAAGCUAGAAAUUAACAGGCUUCCCUUGCCUUUGCAGACUACCUCACUAUGUAAAUCAGCAACAUCUGAGAGAAAUAUGGUUGAAAAUCCUUCCAACUCUCCAAACCCAGAUGGCAGAGGAUUUACUGCAGGCAACUUAGCCCCACUACAAAUCAGAAAGCGGGAGAGCCAUCCCAAAAAGCGAGUGGCCAGAACAACAGGGGAUGUGAAAUGUGAGCCUGGGAAGUUGUCCAUGGACACAGACAUGAAGGUGGGCCCAUGCAUCAUCACUUCCAGCAUGAACCAACUUGGACAUGGCCAAAUGUUUAAGCAAGAGUGGCCAAGCAAACAUAGCAUUCAGAGCAGGAUUGCACACAGCCCAGAAAUCAAGCAGCAAAAGAGGCCCUUGCCUGCAUGCAGUUUCCAACAGAACUUAUUCAGUGUGGACAAAAAUGGCAGUUUCCACGUAGAAGCCAGUACUUCACAUAGACAGCACUUCUACCAAAUGCCAGUGGCUACCCGAGGCCCUGUUCCUACUACAGCAGCUCUGAUGCAAGCCAACUUAAAGGUCCCACUGGGCUGCAACAGCUUUACUUUCAGUAGGCACCUGGAGCAGAAGGCAUUGGGAGAGAUCAACAUGUCCACAGCUCCUCACCAGCUUAGGCUGGCGAGUGUUUUUUCGCCUAAUAUUCAGAUGAAGGAAGGUGAUGACAUUCCUAGUGCCUCACAGACACUGCACAAUAAGCCCUUAGUACACCCACCUCUCCCUUUACCACCACCCCCUCCUCCACCACCCCCUCCUUCCCAAAAUGCAGAAGCUCCAUCUGAUCACAAACAACCGGCAGUUACUAUGGAAACCACUAAAAGACUUAGUUGGCCUCAGCCGGCAAGCGUCUGUAGCAAUAUAAAAUCGGAACCUGUUUCUUUUGAGGAAGGUUUAAGCAGCAGCUGUGAGCUAGGCAUGAAACAAGCUUCUUACGAUCAGAACGAAGUGAAAGAACAGUUGAAAGCCUUUGCGCUGAAAAAUGCCGACUUCCCAUCCUAUUUACUUUCUGAGCCCCAGAAGCCUUUUGCCCAAUUAACUGCUCAGAAAAUACAGACUCAGCAACCGCCACAGCCGCCGCCGCAGCAGCAGCUCUGUGGAAAUUACCCUACGAUACACUUUGGUAGCACAAGCUUCAAAAGGGCAGCAUCUGCCAUUGAAAAAUCCAUUGGAAUCUUAGGAAGUAGUUCAAAUACUGCCUCAAGCCUAUCUAUUCAGAACACUCAGAUUCCGGUUCAGAAAUUUGCUGACAGCAGCAGUGCGGAUGAGCUGGAACUGAAAUGCUCUUGUCGGCUGAAAGCCAUGAUUGUGUGCAAAGGCUGUGGCGCCUUCUGCCAUGAUGACUGCAUAGGCCCUUCCAAAUUGUGUGUAGCCUGUUUAGUUGUGAGGUAGAAUCUGAACCAGAGGUGCAGUAUCCCUGCUCAGCCAUGGACAGCAAAGGGAAAGUGGGACAACUGGAAUGUGUAGGGCUGUUUUGUAUCCGGGUACAAUAUAUCAAUAGGGGAAGCUUGGUUUAGAAUUGACAUAUUUCUGCUUGCAUGGCUCUCCUUGGUAGGAACAACCCCAUUGAAUCAUUUGCCCACAAAAAAAUUGAUAAAACAAGUUUUCUUACUGUGCAAAAGCCAGCCAAACUGCAUUUCCAUGCCUGUUUAUGUGCCCACAGUGCAAAACAUCAUUUUUACCAUUUGUAAACAUAACAUACCUUCCUGGGAAAAUAAUUACAAGUUUCUUACUGACCAAAUUUCUGUGCUGGAUAGAGGGCAGAGGAAGCCCUAAUCAGGGGGGAAAGACAAUGGGAAUAAAUUGAAUUAUUUUAGCAAUAGCAGAUUAUAAUAGCUAUUGCAUUCCUUAAGCCAUAUUGGCCAUCCAUGAUUGAUUUAUAAGCAGCAAGAAGGAACAAGACAUUUUAGGCAACCUGAUAUUGAUAUGUUUGAUCCCGUUAUGGCAAGUUGUAUGAAGAAUUAAUUAAGGCAGGCUACAAAGAUUACCUGUGAUUGGAAUUUGCAUGAUUUUAGAAGUUGGGGCAGGGGAAUAACUAGAGCUAUUAGAAUGCAUUGCUCAUUUUUCUUCCCCAAACCUCACUUAUAUUUUUUUCCCAAAGGGAGAAGACCAACAUAUAGAUGUAAAUGGACUAGCAUGUUUGGAGCAGUGAUAUCAUUUCAAAUAGCCUGAAACUUAAACCUUUUUUCUAAUUCUGGUAGUGUAGAUCCCAAAAAGCAAAAAACAAAAGCAAUUUACAGUCUUUUAAAACACGUUUACAAGUUGGUAUAUUUAAAUUAUCAAUUUUGCUUGUUACCUUUGUGUGUAUGUGUGUGUGUGUGUGUGUGUAUGUGUGUGAAGAGAGUUCAUGCUACCAGUAUUGCAUUAGCUGGUUAGAGCAAUGAGAAGACUUUAAAGGGAUACUUUAGUAUUGGUUUAUGUUGACAUAAUAGUGACCAGGCCUUUAGAGGAGUGCUGUAACAUUUGCUACGUUCUUUUCGCCAAUAAGUAAAAUAUUAAAAAGGGAUAAAAAUGUGGAGCCUGACAAAAGGAGAUGCUUGAUUAUCUAAAAAGAAAUGACUCUCCUUGCCCGAUUUGCUAAGGAGUACAUAAAAUGUAGUGGAAGUUACU